UUCAAAUGCCUUGGAAACAGGAGUCAGAAUUUAUAAGAAGGGAUAAGGCUGCCAGAGUCAUUCAGAAGGCCUGGAAAACUUUCCUUAAUGUUGCUGUAUUCCAACACUUAAAAAGUCUGAUUAAUAUAAGAAGACAAGGGGAGCCACGUCAGAUAGUGAGAUAUUUUAAUCCUAAAGAGGCAGAACUUCUAGAUGCUGCUGCUGGCAUUCAAGUACGAUUCAGAUUAGGUGGUGUGAGAUUUCCACCUGAAAUAUACUAUAAAAUUUUCACUCACAGACAUAUUGAAGAUCUGUGUGCUAACAGCCCUAGAAAUUAUAUGAAACUUCCAGCAAAACAUACAUCUCAUGUUAAAAGUGAUAAGCUUCAGGAAGAAGAUCAUAGUGGCUGGUAUCGUCGUAUAGAGAACAAUGGCUGGAGACCUGUUUCUGAUAGAUUUUGGAUGUCUACUGAAAAUGUAGUGAUGGGAGACCAAAAGGAAAGCAAAUUCCAUUUUUCUAAACUGAAAAGAAGGCAAGAUAUGGAAAAGAAGAGAAAAAUUAGAAAAAUAGAAUGGAUGAGGCAAAUGUACCGUAUGGGAGAGCUGAAGGCUAAAGCAACAAAUCGUGAAACUCUAUGUUUAAUUCACACAGCAACGAAAGGGCUAAUACAAGCUAUUGAAGAUGGUGGAAUAGAUUCUGUGAUGGAAUGGGAAGUGGAUGAAGUGCUGAACUGGACAAAUACACUGAACUUUGAUGAGUAUAUUUCCCACUGGAAAGAAAUUGCUACAAGCAACUCUUCAGCUAACUUCAAAAGUUCCAGGUUUGAGCAAGCACAGAAAGAAAUACAUAACCGUGAAGAUCUAUCAGAGGAAAUGGAAACAUAUGAAUAUACUUCAUAUGGAGACACUUACAAAGUACCAAACUUUUCUAGACUAACACGAGAUUCCACUUACGGAGUGUAAAUACAUAGUACUUUCUUUUCUGAUCUGUAGUCAUAUCCUGGUUCCAUCAGUUAUAGUUAGGAGUUUAUUCUGUCUGGAAUGACUUGUAUUUUCUUGGCACAGAACCUAGUUAAUUUAGGAAGACUAAAUAGAAAUAGAACAUCAGACUGAAUACAGCAGUUAUGGUAAAUAUUGA